AUGUUGUUUACUUUUGUUUUGAAUUUAGGAAUACUUUUCGUAAUACAAGACACAUUCGGGAUAAAUUUCAUAGAUUGGGAUACAAGUAAUGAUAGGGAUGAAAAUCAUGAUAAUUAUGAUAUAAAUAGCGAUGACGUAAGAACGACUAGAGAGGGACGGAGAUAUUGGCUGGUCUCUUCAGACCUGAAUCUGAAUGAACCACAAAAGCAAGCUGACGAAGAAGAAAAGGACGAAAGACUUAAAAGCAAAAUAACAACUCUUGUCGAACAGACGUUACACGAUACUCAAACUAAGAUAGAUUCAAUCCAGCAUUUGAAGGAACAGCACAGAAACGAAGCUCCAUACAAAACAGGAUUCAUUUUAAGCAUGAUAAAGAAAUCUAAGGACGUUUUAAACGAGCUGUUCAAUGUGGCUGUUAAACAUAGGGAGGAUUGGAAGGCUCUGGAACAAAUGAAAGUCUUCGAGUUAAUUGUACACACAAACGUCGAUACCACGAAUCUCGUGAGGCAGCUAGUGGAGAUACACAUCCAACACAUGAACGCUACCAUCCGUAACGAUAAUAAAAGGAGAGUUGUUUUAAUAUAA